CCCCCGGCACAGCUUUUUGAGGGGUCAUUCCCUGCUCCCAGCCCUCUCAUCCCGCUCCUCAUCCCGGGAUGGAGCCCUUGGCUCCCGUCGCCUUCCUGGCCCUGCUGGGGGUGGCUCUGGGACAUCCCGACCCCGCCCUGGAUCGGCACUGGGAGCUCUGGAAAAAAACUUACGGCAAGGAAUAUCGGCACCAGGAGGAGGAUUCGCUCCGUCGGGCGACCUGGGAGAAGAACCUGCGGCUGGUGACGCUCCACAACCUGGAGCAUUCCCUGGGAAUCCACUCCUACACCCUGGGAAUGAACCACCUGGGGGACAUGACCAGUGAGGAGGUGGCGGCCUCGCUGACGGGGCUGAGGGUGGCCCCUCAUCCCAGGGGGGUCUCGGCAUUCCCACCCCGGCCCCUCGGGGACGUCCCGGAGGAGAUGGAUUGGCGGGAGAAGGGAUGUGUCACCGAGGUCAAGAACCAGGGCGCCUGCGGCUCCUGCUGGGCCUUCAGCGCGGUGGGAGCGCUGGAAGCGCAGGUGAAGCUGAAAACCGGGAAUUUGGUGUCCCUGAGCGCCCAGAACCUGGUGGAUUGCUCCGGGAUGUACGGGAACAAGGGCUGCUCGGGGGGCUUCAUGACCGAGGCCUUCCAGUACAUCAUCGACAACCACGGCAUCGAGUCCGAGCAGUCCUACCCCUACACGGCCCAGGUGGGAAGGGCGGAGGUGAACCACGGGGUGCUGGUGGUGGGAUACGGAUCCCUGGACAACAAGGAAUACUGGCUGGUGAAGAACAGCUGGGGGGUGUGGUUUGGAGACUCGGGAUACAUCCGGAUGGCCCGGAACGCUUCCAACCGCUGCGGCAUCGCCAGCUACGCCUCCUACCCCGUCAUUUAGAGCCCUCCCGACCCUCCUGCCCGGGAUUCUUCCGCUUCCAGGGGCUU